AUGACACGAAUGCGUACACGAGCACGUGUGCAUUCUCAAGGCGACGGCGCCGAGGGCAGUGGCAGUAGUCAUCGAAUCAGCGACACAAAUGUAGUUAUACAAUCCCCCGCCACCGUUAUGGAUGAUACAACCACUAGUGUACCGUCUCCAUCGGCAUCCACGCUAUGGGAGAUUGAGAUGCCUCCUUCUGGAUCCAAUGUUGGAGACGUCUCCCAUGAAAGCCAUUUUGCCGCUGCUGCCGCCAUCGCUGUUCUUGGUCGAGGGUAAGU